CAUGCUGCGCAAGGUGGCCGUGGCCGCCGCCUCUAAGCCGCACGUGGAGAUCCGCCAGGACGGCGACCGCUUCUACAUCAAGACGUCCACCACGGUGCGCACCACCGAGAUCAGCUUCACCGUGGGCCAGAGCUUCGAGGAGGAGACCGUGGACGGCCGCAAGUGCCGGAGUUUGGCCACUUGGGAGAAUGAAAACAAGAUCUAUUGCAAACAAACCCUUAUUGAGGGAGAUGGUCCUAAAACAUACUGGACUCGGGAAUUAUCUAACGAUGAGCUGAUUUUGACUUUUGGUGCUGAUGAUGUUGUGUGCACGAGAAUUUAUGUAAGAGAAUAAAGAACUUCAGCUUCCUCGCCCCAUGGAUGCAGUGGAGAAUCAAGAGGCAGGCAUCGUGCAGAGUUCCUGCAUAACAAAUAUCUGUGUGUGCUGUCACUUAUGCAGCGUUGUAUGUGCCCAUGUGUGUCAUAUUUGAACCCUUGACUGCUGUUCAGUGUGUUUUGCUUUUGUAUAACAAACACUGUUCCUCCCACUUUUAUGCCAUCACUUUUCCUGUUCACUUUGUAUUUUGUAGUUGCCAGUCAGUAUAGUCUGGUCAGUUAUUAAAUUAAUUGGGCGUAACUCAUAA